AUGGCUGAUUCCGAAGCUCCAACGGUCGUUCAUGCCGACCCCAAUGAGACCGGAGUCUAUGAGAUCGAAAGUUUAUGUAUGAACUGUCGCGACGAGGGUAUAACCAGGAUCCUCCCUAUUAAAAUUCCGCAUUUCAAGGAGAUCCUUCUCGAAUCCUUUUCCUGCGAUCACUGCGGUUGGAAGAACAACACGGUCAAAAGCGCAGGACAGAUCCAAGAGAAGGGAGCAAAAUUCACUUUCAGAUUGGACAAAAUGGCAGACUUCGAGAGACAGAUUGUUCGCGGUGAUACAGGCAUUUUCCGCAUCGAAGAUCUCGGCCUCGAGACGCCACCUGCUCCAGGCCAAUUCACCAAUCUUGAGGGCAUGAUCACCAAAAUCAAAACAGACUUGGAGAGUGACCAACCAGCUAGGAAGGAGGUGAAUCCUGAUUUGUAUAAUUCUCUUGAAAGAGUCAUUCAAAAGCUGGAGAAUAUGUUACAAGGCAACAGUUUCCCAUUCACUGUGUCGCUCGACGAUAUCUCGGGUAACUCGUUUAUCGAACCGUCCCCAGACGACAAGGGCCCUAAAUAUUCCCGGACGGACUACCUCCGAAGCCACGAGCAGAAUGUACAGCUGGGCCUGGUGGUCGAUGAUGAUGCAGCAGAAGAGGGCGGCGGAAUGGAAGGCGUCGAUAUUGUUGACAAUGAAGUUUACGAGCUACACGCCGAGUGCCCUGCCUGUGGAAAGCCCUGCACAGUCAACAUGAAAAAGACCAAUAUUCCCCAUUUCAAGGAGGUCAUCAUCAUGGCGACUGUCUGUGAACACUGUGGCUUUAGGACGAGUGAUGUCAAAACUGGCGGUGCAAUACCGGAUAAAGGAAAGCGCAUCACGCUGGACGUUAAGACGAUUGAGGACAUGUCCAGAGAUAUUCUGAAGUCGGAGUCCUGCGCUUUGAAAAGUCAAGACCUUGGUUUGGAAGUCCAACCCGGCACCCUUGGAGGGCGUUUCACUACGGUCGAGGGACUGCUCACCCAAGUGCGUGACCAGCUUCACAGUCAAAUAUUUGAUGUGGGAGAUGAAGAUCUUGCGGGAGGAGACUCAAUGACAGCAGACACACGGUCAAGGUGGGACAACUUUUUUGCCAAGCUCGACGCGGCUAUCGCAGCCAAAUUCCCCUAUUCUAUCACCCUUGAGGACCCGUUGGCGAACUCAUUCGUGCAGUUGAAUGCGGACCCGGGCAAGGAUCCACAAGUCAGAGUCGAGGAGUACGAGCGGACGGACGAGGAGAUGGAGGAUCUAGGGUUGAAGGAUAUGAAGACUGAGGGUUACGAAAGGCAGGCCCAACAAUCAUGA